CGGCGCCAGCCUGCUGUGCGCAUGCGCAGCCCAGCCUGCCCCCUGUCGCCGGCCUGCAAAGAACUGGUAGAGUGCCUCCUUUUUCACAGGGAACAUGCAGACGUAUUUCUUUUUUUCUAAUUUGGUAGUGGCCAACGUACAUAAUGAGAAUGUGCCACUGUUGAUUGAACUCAUCCCCUACAGUUGGAUACUGAAGUUAUUUCUAGUCUUUUACUGUUUACCACCAUGGUCUAACCUAGGAUCUGUGGCUACGUCACUUUGGACAUGUCCCUCCUCAAGAAUUAGAACUACAAAGAGAAUCUGAUGCGACCUCUCCAGAUUGUCCCGAGCCGACUGUUUUCCCAGCUAUACUGUGGCCUGAAGCCUCCAGCCCCCACACAAACCAAGAUUUGCUUGAUGAUGACUCGUCCAAGUUCAAGUAUGGCGGAUUUCCGCAAGAUUUUUGCAAAAGCAAAGCACAUAGUCGUCAUUUCAGGGGCCGGUGUUAGUGCCGAAAGCGGGGUUCCAACGUUCAGAGGAGCCGGAGGUUACUGGAGAAAAUGGCAGGCUCAGGACCUGGCCACCCCACAGGCCUUUGCCCACAACCCGUCCCGGGUGUGGGAGUUCUACCACUACCGGCGCGAGGUCAUGCAGAGCAAGGAGCCCAACGCCGGGCACCUCGCCAUCGCCGAGUGCGAGGCCCGGCUGAGCAGACAGGGCCGACGGGUCAUGGUCAUCACCCAGAACAUCGACGAGCUGCACCGCAAGGCUGGCACAAAGAACCUUCUGGAAAUCCACGGUAGCUUAUUUAAAACUCGAUGUACCUCUUGUGGAAUUGUGGCUGAGAAUUACAAGAGUCCAAUUUGUCCAGCGUUAUCAGGAAAAGGUGCUCCAGAACCUGAAACUCAAGAUGCCGGAAUCCCAGUUGAGAAACUCCCCCGGUGUGAAGAGGCUGGGUGCGGGGGCUUGCUGCGGCCUCAUGUCGUGUGGUUUGGAGAAAACCUGGAUCCUGCCAUUCUGGAGGAAGUUGACAGAGAGCUCACCCUCUGUGACUUAUGUCUAGUGGUGGGCACUUCUUCUGUGGUGUACCCGGCCGCCAUGUUUGCCCCCCAGGUGUCUGCCAGGGGAGUGCCCGUGGCUGAGUUUAACAUGGAGACCACCCCAGCCACGAACAGAUUCAGGUUUCACUUCCAGGGACCCUGUGGUACGACUCUUCCUGAAGCCCUUGCCCGUCAUGAAAAUGAAACUGUUUCCGAAGUGUCCUAGGAAGGAGAAAUUAUGUGUUUACCUUGUUUGGCUGCCUUACCUCAGAGAACACGGGAUAGCUGACCGCAGGAACUCAACACGAGGGAGCAAGAGGAAAGUACUGACAAGGGGAAAAAUCAGGAUGAAUAAGAAGAAUGAUGCAAAUAUAUGGACCCCAAGAAUAAACACAGCUGCCUAACA